UGAUUUGCUUAGAUAUCAACUUAUGAUCAAUGAUCAAUCCUCACCAUCAUAAUGUCCCGUGAUAUUUCUCCAUUAUUUACAUCACUCGUUUCAUCCAUAAGACCAACAAUUCCAGAAUUAUCACCCACUUUUGAAGAGAAGAGGAGAGAGAAAACUUCACCUACUGGUUAUGAAUUUUCUUUUCAGACACGUGCUGAAAGUCUUCAUUCAAGUCUUAAAGUUUUAUCAAAUUAUUUAAAACGUAUUCACCAACUAACAGCUGGUACAUUAGGUAAUUCAACUAAACAACGUUUACACGCUGAAUUAACUGAAAAUGUCACUGUUUUGAUUGAACAAUGUACUUUAUUGUUAACACAAUUAAAAGAUCUAAUUCAUACUACAAAAGAUAUUAAUCAAAGCAAAACUUCAAUUCAUGAUGAUUCGAAUAUUAAUAAUAAUAAUAAUCAACUUAUAUCACAUCGUUUAACAAUUCAUAAACUACUAAGUGAAGAAUUGGAUUCUUUGAAAAAGAUUCGUGAAAGCGAAAUCAGGAGACAACAACGUCUCAUCGAGUUUUCAGGCAAUCUUGCUACUGGUGUACGUUCUGUUGCCGCUUCUGGUGCAAAUGUUACUGCCUAUUUAAAGCGUUCCAACAAAUAUGAUAACAGUGAUACAAAGUUAAGAAGACGUGGUAAUAAUAAGGAUAUUAAUAAAACUAAUGAUGUUUUAAACUAUCAUGAAUCUCGACAAGAAGAAAAUUUCACAGAAAAUGAAUUACGUACACUUGAAGUUGAAAAUCAAAUACUCUAUCAACAUUUUACGCAAGAAAAAGAUGAACUGCAUCAAGUAGCUAAAAAAAUCUCCGAAAUUGGUCACCUAAACCAAACACUAUCAGAACAUCUUAUGGAACAAUUAGAGACAACUGAAAAGAUAGCUGACUCAUCUGUAACUGCUACUGAAUAUAUUCGUCAGGGAAAUGAAUUACUUCGUGAAGCAAUCAAUUCUAAAGCAACUGUACAAUUUUGGAUGCUUUUUAUCCUUAUAAUCUUAACAUUUUCUCUACAUUUUCUUGAUUGGUUCUAUCCAUAAAUACAAAAGUUUUCCUUGUUUUUUUGUUCUAUUUUCUCACUUAAUUAUUCUGUGAUAAACAAUAUUAGACUAUGUAUUUAAAACUUUGUCAUCUACUACUGUUUUCUUUUCUUAAUGUAUUUGAUCUCGUUAGUGAAUCAUUUGUUAUUGUGUUGAUCCGUAAUCCCUGUUCAUAUAUAAUGUACAUUUCAAUAAAUAUACAAAGAUAUUCGAAAAGUAAAUAGUAUAAAGUCAGUUUGCACUAUGUAUUCAUAUAAUGUUCAGAACCAAUAAACCAUGAACCGAUAUUUUUGUUUUGUACCCCCAAAUACCAUGGUACGGUCGGGAGUGGGGAGAGUCCGAUCUCCCUCUCCAAAUGCUCUCACAUGGCCACGCGUAUAUAGCCUCUGCCAGGG